AUGAGCCAGUCUUUAGGUGAAUUGAUCAAGAGAAAUGCAGAGAUGGAGAUGAAAAAAAUGGAGAUAUUCUACAACAACUACAACAAGAGGUUUACUCUUGAAAACGCUUGGAAGGAGUUGCGGCACGACCAGAAGUGGUGUGAGUUGGCUACUGCUAAAAACGAAGGGAGCUUGAAGAAGAGGAAGUGUGAGGACGGUGGAGAUUCAGAGAGUUCUCAAGCAACUGCGAACAAGCGUCCCCCUGGUGUGAAGGCCGCAGAGAAAGGUUCUCACAAGACGGUGGUAAAGGAUAAUACUCUUAAUGAGUUUGAGACUAUGUGGACAAUCAAACAGGCGGAUUUGGCCGCGAAAGAAAGGUUGUCUAAGCUGAGUCUGCUUGACAGUCUCAUUGGAAAAAAAGAACCCCUAGCCGAGUAUGAAGAAGCCCUCAAGAAGAAGCUCAUAAAUGAUUUGUUGUCAAAUUAG